AUGGAUUUCUCUACGCCACCCGCUGGAGGACGAAUGGAUGCGGCAACAAGAGAUAACUUGAUGACACAAGUCAGACAACAGAUUGCGUUAGCCAAUGCACAGGAGCUUCUACAGAGAAUGUCUGAAAAGUGCUACAAGAAGUGUAUAGUUAAACCUGGGACAACUCUAGAUAACUCUGAACAAAAAUGCAUUGCUAUGUGUAUGGACAGAUACAUGGACACAUGGAACUUAGUCUCCAGAGUCUACAGCCAACGGUUACAGAGAGAGUCCAACCGGUUAUCUUAA